UGAAUUUUUGAAAAUUUACUUCAGCUUUGUUAAGACACAUCUUAUUAAUGAUGUGUCAUCACUACUUGAUAUGAUAUCACAUCUCUGUCUAUUUAUUAUAUACUCUGACUUGUACUUGUUCAUAUUAUUCUUGAUGUUCAUUUGCAUUAUUCAUUUUUGUACGAGUGUAAAAUCAUUUUAUGUAUUUCUGUUAAAAGUAGUCGUUAAUUUGAGUGAAAAUGGACCUAAAUCGAUUUAAUGUUGCGCAAUUAAAAGAGGCCUUAGUGAAGCUUCAGUUGAAGACAAGUGGCACUAAAGCGGAGUUAAUUAAUCGUCUCCAGGAAGUGGACGCAGAUUUGGUGAUGCCAGCUUUUGAUUCGUUUUCGCAAGCGGGUGCAUGUGUUGCACAGGCGAAUGAGGCGGAUCAGCAUAAAAGUGAGGAGCCGUCGAGGGACGACGUAGGAGUCAUGACGCAAUUGGAGGUGCAGGUUAGUGCGCUGUGUGCCGCUGUGGGACAGCUAACUGCACAGUUGCAGACUCAACGUCCUGUGGAACCAAAUGUUCUAGUGCAUUCUUCAGCAAAUUGGCAUCAUAGUGCGGCGAUUUGUGCGUCGAGCAUUUCAUCAUCGCAGCCCGCAGUUACGCAGGCGCCAGUGGCGUAUUUGCCACAAGCAGCAAUGGUUAGCAGGUCGCCGUCAGCAAUGCUUACGACUNACAGCUAA